CUUCUUUAUUCAUGAUGUUUAACAAAUUCUUACAGUGUGACAUGACCCCAAACUGUAAAUCUAACAACUGAUAGACCUGAAAACGUGUAACAGAAAGAGUGACAUCAACUUUAACAUGGUGUCCAAUAUGAUCAAAUUCAGUCAUGUUUAUUACAGAACUGAUUCUCACACAUUUUUUCUGGUCAAAUGAAGCUUAAAUGAAAAUAAAUCGAUGCUCUCUAUGAAAAAAACUAACUCCCCACAAAGAAAUAAUGUAGGAGAUUAUGCAAACAUUUUAAAUUAGAAUUUUCCAAUAAUUUCAAACACCUUACAUCAGCAGUACAGUUACUGCAGACUGUUGCCCUAGUUAAAACACGCAAGCAUGGCUUGCCUUUAAUUUGUAUUCCACCACCAGGCGGCAGUCUUGCGCUCACAUAGAAUGAUCUGUCACACAAACAUGAGUAGAAAUUAAUUUAGAUGUCUGGAAAUCUGAAAGACGUGAGGUAUACACUUUAUUCACAAAAUAAGUAAAUAAUUUGAGCUGUUUUUAGUUUCAACAUUACCUCUUGAAGAGAUCAACUCUUCAUCUCUCUUUUUUCUUAGAUUACUUUAGUAUCAUUUUGGUUACAAUAUAAAGUUUUUAGUAUUUUUCUUUUUUCUUUUCCUUUUUUUAAAUCUUAUUUUCUAUUAUUCUUUACUCCCCUCCUCAAAUUUGCUUUGCACUGUCCAGUUGCCUUAAUCAGAYUCGGAUUUGUUGUGGCAUUAAGUUAAUCAAGUUACUCCAUCCCUGCGACAGACUGGCGACCUGUCCAGGGUGAAUCCCGCCUCUCGCCCAGAACAUUAGCUGGAGWUAGGCACCAGCAACCCUCCCGACCCCACUAAGGGACAAAGGUGUAAAGAAAAUGGAUGGAUGGAAGUUACUCCAUCCAGGCAGCAACAUUUCACUUUCCAACUUUGGUUGAGAAAAUCUGAUCUGAUGCUGAGAAGCAACCAGACCCACCAUUCCAGGCAUGUGGAUGUAGCUUUCCUAUUAAUUUUACUCAGACUGGCUGGUACGGUGUGUCUGCACUCACAGGUUUUUGAACAGGACUCAAAGAAGAACGAUCUCGAAUCAGUGCACAGCUUCAGUUGAUACUGCUACAAACCAGUGAUCGGGCCUGAAGUCUGGGUGUAGUGACAGACUCAGACUUGAGCCUUCAAAUACACAUAAAGACAGUUACAAAGUCAGCCUUCUAUCACCCGAAGAACAUUUUCAUGUCUGAAGAACCAUCUUAAAUCACAUUGAUUACUGCAACAGACAUAAGCAGUUGAUCCAGAACGCUGCUGCUCACCUUCUCACUAAAUCCAGGAAUAUAGAGAAUAUCACACCAUAAAAUCCUUAUCUUGGCUCCCUGUAAUUCAGAGACUGUUAGUUUAUAAGUGACUGAAUGACUUAGCACCUAAAAAUUCAUUAACAUCAACCCUCCAGGCCACUCAGGUCUUCUGGUUCUGGUUCGCUCUGGAUUCUCAGAGUCGGAACAUGUAGAAGCAGCAUUCAGCUUCCAUGCACCACAAAUAUGGAACAAGCUUCUAGAAAACUACAGAACAGCUGAAACACAGAGUGACUUUGAAUCGAGGCUAAAAAGCCGUCAAAAGUUGCUUUCAACCUAUAAUUGUGAUGAAAUAUGAGUUGUUAUGUGAACCAAGAUGCAGACUGGAGCUGGGAGCAUGCUGAAUGUUUAAUGAAAAAAAUGAUAAAAGGCUUACAAAGAAAAUCCCACAGGGAACACAGGAAGCCAGGAUGGAAAGAAAAUAAAAUCAGCAAGGAGACUCGAGAAGAACACAGGGCAGAGGGAGGAACCAGCAAGGAAAAACUGAGGAUGAGUUGUAUAUGUACUAGGGAGGUUGAUUACUGAACAAGAAACAGAUGGCUGAUUGGAAACUGGUUGCAGGUGUGAGGGGAGAGUAGAAAACAGGAUGAAGAGAGCGAAAGAGGCACAGGGGGCUAGUAAACGUGAACAUAAUAAAACUACAGUAACUAGACAGAAGAAAUAAACAUAACUAAGAGCACUAAGUAUAACUGAACUAAAAUAAAACAAAAACAGCACUGAUCUUAUCAAAGAAAAGCAACACAGAACACUCAAGUUAGAAUAAAUAAACUAAAACUCUAAAAGUCUUAAACAAUCAGGGAUCUUAACAUUAAUCACUGUAACAUUGACCAACAUAUUUGAUGUGUAUUGAUGAUUUUGAUGGUGGCACUUGACAAAAUGUAUUGUUUGUUACUUUGUAUUAUGUUUGCAUAGUGGCCUUGUUGCUGAAAUGUGCUAUAAAUAAACGUGAUUGAUUGACCCACUUGAGCAGUCAAUCCAUUUCAGUAAAACUAGAAGGGCAUCCACCCUAAGACUGGCUCAGCACCGUCUCAAAUGGACAGUUUAAAAAUCUGCUUGAAUUGCAUCCUCACCACAUCCUGUUCCCAGAGAGGUUGUGUGUCAACUUUAAAUAGGCAAUCAAUCGACACUCCAUUUAAUUCAGGUGUGCUGGAGAAAGGGCGCAUCCAAAUAUCCUCACUGCUAUUCAAUUCAUUGCCUUUACUUGUAGAUACUGGCUGUUGAAUAUUAUAUGUGUGUGAGUGUGUGUGUGUGUGUGUGUGUGUGCGUGUGUGUGUGAGACGAAGGAGUUUGUCUCCACUUGGUCCGUUUUUGCGAAGCACCAGACUGAAGACGUCAUCCAGUUUUAGGUAGAAAGAGUGAGGAGAAAUAAAAGAAAAAAAAACACGACAAAAUCAUGCAAACGGAAAUAAUCGAGCUUAUUUGAAUUUAUCAUGCCAUUAGUUGCUUAUCGACACAGAACUAACUGUCUUUUUCCAGUUCAGUUUACCAUAAACAGGAGAUCAACACUGCACAUCUGUUUCCUGUGGAAAAGCUGGAUGUGUUUUAGGCUAUGAAUUCAGUUAUUAAAUGAUGGAUAAUACUAGCAGUAGACCAAAAAAAAAAACCCGGUCAGGUUGAACGUCGUCAUCCCGCCUCCUCUGCCCCGUUUGCAGACUUGCAAUUGGUCGGCUGGCUCGCCACUCCCCGACCACCCAGGUUAGGUUGCUCCGUACCGUUGUGAUGCUGCUCAAUUGAUGGGCGUACAGAAGGAGGAUACCCUGACGUGUUCCCAUUGUACAGCACAACAAAAACCAUGUUCGUUUCUGUCUGCGUUUGCUUUCUCUGCGGCAAAAAAUCCUCCCGGAGACCCGCUGUUUUCUCUCCCGCCGCACUGCUUGACAAGCGGCUCUGGCUCUGUUUGUUGCGGCCGUUUUAAAGGUGGGUAAAAGAAGCUCAUGACAGGAACAACAACACAGGGCAGCGCAUCGCAUCGCGGCUAGCAGCAGCAGCAGCAGCAGCACACCAGCGUGCAUCACUUUAAUUCAGGUGAGCUUGUUUGACCGGGGUCCUUCUACGCACGCAUGGCGGACUCGGACACUUUGGGGGAAUUGCACCUGCCGUGAGAGGGAAGGGAACCGAAGCACAUGGACGGAUCUGCUCCCUGGACCUCACGUCGGACUGUCAGACCUGAGUAACCUGCGCCCUCGUCGCCCCGCCAUGGAGCGUUAACAGUUUUAAUUGUGUUAUUUAUUUAUUUUUUUUUUUACUCGUCGCGGGGUGCGGGGCUUCGCGAACCCAUCCGAGUGCGAGGAUGACAGCUGAUCGCCCCUCCUCUCCCCGGACCGGGAUAAAAAGGCGCUCCAACUGAGUGAGCCGCCUUCUUUCUCAGCGGCGUGUGACAAUAGAUGGAGCGCGCGGGGCUGUAACGUUUGGCUUCCUCCUCGGUCGGGUUCUUCACUCCUCACGCUCUUGUCAAAAGAUUUCACACAAACGCCAUCAGACCGCAUCACUGAUUCGCUUCUCCUCUCCUCAUUUGCAAAGAUCAGACCCACCAUUAACGGGCUCACCUUCUCCACAUGGAAGGAAACUUUCCAUCCCUCCUCUUGCUCCUCUUUGAUGCUUUGCGCUAAACCCGUGACCGGCGGGGAUGAUCCUUGAGUGGCCGAUGAAAUAAUCAGCGUCGCGGUGUCAGCAAAGGGCUUUGAGCCCCAGGGGAUUUGGAUAGAUUAUCGCUAGAGUGCUAUUUUGCUCACCCGGUCACACUCUCGACUGAAUUUAGCGGCUUUGGAGCUGCAGCCUUUUCACUGCUUUCGCCCAAGUGCGUGUGAACUCUAAAGCUACAGAGAGGAAGAAAGAGAGAGAGAGAGGGAGAGAGAGAGAGAGAAACGGGGGUGAAUCCGCAAGCAAUGCCUUGCACAGAGGUGCUUGGAUCCAGAUCAGAGGACACCACCAAAGUGCCGUCACGCCGCGGAUGUGGGGGGGUGAGACGCGCCUCGGGGUUGUAGUCAGCAGUCCGUGCCGCGGGAUGCCUUCGCCGUGACUUCAGGAGAGAGUGGUCCGCCAAGCAGCAGAGAGAGCCCAGCGAAGAGUCCGACAGCAGCGCCUUCAAGGAUCACUUUCCCCGGACCCGUUUUGUCUCCUAUCCACCGGAGGAUGUUUCAGCGAGGAUGCUGCGCUUCCCCGUGAAGAAGAUCCGGAAGCAGUUCAAGCUCCUGCUGCUGCUGGUGCUGCUCACCUCGGCCGUGUGGUUCACCUACCUGCACAUCAACCAGGGCAAGACCAUCAAGCUGCACUUCAACUACGGAAAAGAUGGAGAGAGACAGACGGACGGGACGGACGCCAGCCGAAAGAGGGACACUCGCUCCUCAGCCGGACACCACAAGAGCGAGGACACCAGUGACAGUAGGGAGGACGAGGCGGCAGACGAUGAGCCAAUCAUUGGAGGGGCUGACAGCAGAGAUCAAAUCCACAUCCGAAAGUUUCUCAGUCAGAAGCAAAAGAAGUUACUAUGGAARCCAGAGUAUAAGGGCCAGGCCAACCUGCAUGUGUUUGAGGACUGGUGUGGCUCCUCUAUAGCCCAGCUCAGAAAGAACCUGCACUUCCCUCUUUAUCCUCAUACAAGAACCACAGUAAAGAAGCUGGCCGUGGCUCCAAAGUGGAAAAACUACGGCUUGAGAAUAUUUGGUUUCCUUCAUCCAUACAAAGAUGGUGAUUUCCAGUUCUCCGUAUCGUCUGAUGAUAACUCAGAGUUCUGGUUGAGUCCCGAUGAGUGUCCUCUCAAUGCCAGACUGCUAGUUUAUGUAGGACAGCUGGGUACAGAGUGGACUGCUCCAGGCGAGUUCACCAAGUUCAGGUCCCAAUCCUCCAAAUCUGUGCACCUGAUAUCAUCCAGGCGAUACUAUUUUGAGAUUCUUCACAAGCAAGAUGACAAGGGAUCAGACCACGUGGAGGUUGGGUGGCGGCCAUUCCUCCCAGGUCUGAAGUAUGAAGUGAUAGACUCAGCUUACAUCUCUCUCUACACAGAUGAGUCCAGUCUGAAGAUGAACAGUGUGGAUCACAUCCCUCAGACUUUGGCCAGUCACAUCCAUAUCCCAGCAGAGUUUCGGCCACAGGGUCUGGAAGUAGACAUGAUCACACCGCAUGGAGCUGAUAUGCUGAGGCCAGACCCCAGGGAUACUUUCUACAGCACCCCAAUGAUGGAUCCCACUCGCCUGCAAAAUGUUCUUCCAGCCUGUCUCUACUCUCCAACCUACGUAGUCAAAGAUUUUCCCAUCGCCCGAUACCAAGGCCUUCAGUUUGUCUACCUAUCUUUUGUCUACCCUAACGACUUCACACGUCUCACCCAUAUGGAACGGGAAAACAAAUGUUUCUACAGAGAGUCUCCCAUCUACUUGGAGAAAUUUGGUUUCUAUAAAUAUAUGAAGAUGGAUGAGGAGGAAGAUGACAGACCGUUCUUUUUCCCCAACCCAGAUGACUUUCUUGAAGAAGAGGAGAUCGUGGAUGCAGAGGACGAGGCAGAGAUUGUUGGCACGCAUUCGCCCAGAAAACCUUCUCAUCCAAGUCAGUCCAGUCAUAUGCAUAAUUCUUCCCAUCAGCACUCAAAAACUGGGGCCACACCAGCAGGCAGAGAGGAAGAGGAAGGUAAAGAAGAUCUAAAAGAAGAAGAAGAAGAGGAGGAGGUGGGAGAGGUCAACAAUAUCAUACGUCACAGAAAAAGAAAACAGUCUUUUCACAGGGAUAGACAGAAUGAGAGGGUUCUGGAUAGAGACUGGGGAAGGGAUCAUACUCGUGGAAAUAUGAGACAAGAUACAAGGAAAGGUCUUGAGGAAGACCAACCUAUAGCUCUCUUACCAGAUGUGGACAGUGUGGUCAGGGGUCGCACUUUGUCUUGGGUCUAUACUGGUCCUGCAGACCAAGACCUGAACAAGAAAGCCAAAACACAAGGUGGGAGAGGUGAUCUUGAGGUACCUCCUAAAAUUAGCAAGUCUUCGCUCCUUUUUUCCCAAAAAACCUCCCUAUCUGCACUCACCAGCAKAGCGAAGCAGAUCCUCAGCAACUCUGCCCAUAGCAACUACCCCCAUACUAACAGUAACAAGCCUGUUGGGAGCAAGAAGGAGAAGAGAGAGGAGAGCAAGAUCUACAUUACAAGGCCUCGUCCUGCAAAGGAGAGAGAAAAAGAAAGGGAACAGCGACGGGAGAGGAGGGAAGAGAGGGCAUCUCGACAUCCUAGAGAAGUUUUCCCUGGAGUCUUUUUGUACCAAACUGGGAAGACCACAAGGCUGGUAAACCUGGGUCAAAGAAGACACGGUGGAAGGGGUGGGUCAGUGGUUAGGCACCUUAUUGGUGCCCCUCAACUUUGGCACAGCCCUCCUACUAAGGACAGUAAAGCAUCAACACAUAACAAAAGUGUCAACAUUCAGAGUGAAACUGCAGAAAAGUCUUUUAACAAAGCAGCAAUGACAAAACAGCUAGAGAAAAUCAAGAGGAAAGGGGAAUCCCGAGAUUUAAGGACUACUGUCACAGCUGACCUGCCCAGUAAAAGAGAGAUCCAGAUCCCUUUGUCCUACCACCAAGAGCCUCCUCCGACCCCAGCCUCUGAAACAAGAUUGAGCUAUACAGAAAACGCAGUCCACAGUCAGUUACGGGUCACUUCUUACCUUAGGACCUCAGAGAUUACCGAAUCUCAGCAUCAGCUAAACCCAGAUUCCCACCUCACAGACAUCGAUCAAGAUAAAAAUCACUCUAAUCCUGAUCGCAACCCUGAUCCAGAGCAAGAGCUGGAACCAGAGGAGGGAGAAAUGUCAGAUUAUAGCUACGAGGAGGUCGAAGUCCGGCCAGGUUGGGCAGAGGAAAGCAUCAAUUGGCAGAGGACGUUCUCAGUUAAUCCUAUGGACUUCGAGCUACUGCGAUCGGACUGGAAUGACCUGCGCUGCAAUGUGUCCGGCAACCUCCAGCUGGCGGAAAGCGAAGUGGUGGACGUGCUGGCACAGUACAUGGAAAAACUCAAUGAACGCAAUGGAGGAAUCUACACCCUGCUAAGAAUCAUCAAUGUUGAGAAGCGCCGCGAUUCAGCAAGAGGGAACCGAUACCUGGUAGAGUUGGAGCUGAUGGAGAGAGGACGCAGCGUGGUACGGCUUUCAGAGUACAUUUACCUGCUGCUGCACCGUGGAAGGCAAGGAGAGGAAAGUGUGGAGAACACAGACUCCGCUCCGGCCUCUGCGCCGCCCCCGCUUCCCUCUGCGUCUGCAACCAGCUUCACCACCCAGCAUCCGUCUCCUUCCACAAGGUCCUCAGUGCGGCCCGGCGCGACACCGUGGAGCACUGCUUAUGCUAAGCCUCUUCUCUGCCAGCCUGUCAUGCUGCAAUGGAGGCGAGAUGUCAUGGUGCACUUCGUGGUGCCAGUGAAAAACCAGGCUCGCUGGGUGCAGCAGUUUAUUUCUGACAUGGAAAAUCUUCACCAGCAAACAAAGGACAACAACUUCAGCAUCAUUAUUGUCGACUUUGAGAGUGAGGACAUGGAUGUGGAGCAAGCUCUCAGAGAGAGCAGUGUGCCAAAAUAUGAGUACCUCAGAAGAGAGGGAAACUUUGAGCGCUCGGCAGGGCUGCAGAUCGGCGUGGACACCAUUAAGGACAGUCACAGUAUAGUGUUUCUAUGUGAUCUGCACAUUCACUUCCCUCUGAACAUCUUGGAAAGCAUCAGAAAGCACUGCGUGGAAGGACGCCUGGCGUUUGCUCCCAUCGUCAUGAGGCUGAGCUGUGGUAGUUCACCUCUGGAGCCUAAUGGUUAUUGGGAGGUUAAUGGCUUUGGGCUGUUUGGAAUAUACAAGUCAGAUUUUGACAAGAUUGGAGGAAUGAACACAGAGGAGUUCAAAGACCGGUGGGGUGGAGAGGACUGGGAACUUCUCGAUAGAGUGCUGCAGAACGGUUUGGAAGUUGAAAGACUACGUUUAAGGAACUUCUUUCACUACUAUCACUCUAAAAGAGGCAUGUGGAAUUCUCAGAACAAGAAAACUUCAAAAGGAUAGCUCUUUAUUUUGGCCAGAGCAUCCUAAACCCGACCUGCAAGACCCACUGUGUGUUACAGAGAGACCAGUAAGAGCUCACUCACUGCCUGAACUCUGCCCGUUUUUUUUUUUAGAACUGGCUCCAAUGAGAGACUCGUCUGUUUCGCCACCGGGUUCUGUUGCAAAUUUUGUCUGGCUGAGGAAACUGAGUCCAAAUGGGAAAUUUGGAGGCAUCGCUCUCUCUCUCUGCAGACAGACCUGAGUCAUCACUUUGCCUCACUGACUGAACUACUGUACAGAGAAAAGUUAUUUUUGUCCUUUUUCUCUGUCCUAAUUGGUGCAAUUUUUUUUUUUCAAACAGAAUGGAAAGCAGCUGUUUUGUGUGCACACGUGCGUGCAAGCAAGUGUGUGUGUAUGUGGAGCUUUGUAUGCGAGUGUGUGUGUGUGACUGCGUGAGUGAGUGAGUGCUGGUUAUGUGCUAUAAUUACAGGAAGCACCUUUUUUUUCUAACAAGAUGUAAAAAAACAACCUAAGACCUUUUUCUAACUCGCUCUUACAUUAGAGCUAAAUAGAAUGUGCAUCAAAAUGUUAUCUCGGUAUGAUUCACGUACAGUAGCUCGAGUAGAGGAGCUGUGUUUGGUUACGCAGUAUUUCUAAAUGCAUUGACUACUAUUUGCUGGGUGACGGAGUUGCUGAAAUUCUUCUUACAAUGGCAAACAUAACGAAAUGGGUGGAGAAAUAUUUUUUCCAAAAAAUAUUGAGAUACAUCAUCUUUAUAUCUCUUUCUUACCUAGUCAUUCUCCUUUACUUAUGUUCUCUGUCGUUUAUUUGAUGUCAAGGUAUUUUUAAAUGCUCCUAAAUAUUGCUUUCUAAUGUCAGAAUAAGAUACAAAUGGCUAUCAGUGAGAACUUGGUUUAAGUUUACUUGCGUUUUAUGCUGCUGUUAUUUAAAUACAAGGUUAAUUUAUCCUGAUUUAGUGAUGAUGCAGUAACAUGCGUGGGUGCUCCUCUUUGGUUUGUUUGAGUACACUUGAAGUUAACAUCUUUAACCUCUACAAACAGGAAACUUUAUGCCCUCCCUACCCCCUAACCUCUGUCUGAUCUGGAGAAAGGAGCAGUAAAUGCAGCGUAAAAAUAAAUAAAUAAAUCUUUUGCAGUGUUUAAUGUACUGACAGCUGAGCACCUCUGGCAUUACAGGGUUUGCUAAAUAUUUAGCAAUCCUGAUAAAGAUGCGGAUAAAGCCUUAAAAUAAAUUUGUCUUUUAAUCUAUUUAAU